AUCUUGCGUCAACUAACCUACAAUUUUCUCUUACUAUCGUCGCAAAGGCUACCUCUGAUUUUUGUUAUUAGAUGAUGUAAACAUAAGCCACUGUAAAAAGAAAUUAAUUAACAAAAGCGUACAAAAUGGCUUUCCCUCGAACAUUCAACUUGUUAAUCUUGCGCGACUUAACCAGGCACAAUCCAACAAAUGUCGUCCAGUUUUAUAGCGUUUUCCCACCUACAUACGUCAAGCCAGUUUAUAAGAAGGAGGAACAAGAAAUAUUGUACGAAACCAAAGAGAACGAGAAAUUACGCCAUGUCCCUAUAAAACCUGCUACCACGCAUCAAACUUCAUCCGAAUUUUACGAUCCAUCCGUUAGGAAAUUCUUCAAUUACAUUAUGCGGAAAGGUAAGAAGGAUAUGGCCAGAAAGUUACUGGAGCAAACCUUUGAAAAUAUUAAAACUACACAAUUAGAACGGUAUAAUAAGAGUUUGCCUGAGGGCAAAGCGAAAAUCGAAUUGAAUCCCGUAGUACUCUUGCAUCGUGCCAUAGAGAAUUGUACGCCAGUUUUGGAACUAGAGAAAGUUAGAAAAGGUGGAAUUAAUUAUCAGGUCCCUGUACCAAUCCACAGCGUCAGAGCUAACUUUUUAGCUAUGAACUGGUUAAUCCAAACUGCAAAAGAAAAGGACCCGAAUACUCGUUUCCACAAAGUAUUGGCAAAAGAGAUUAUCGAAGCCUCUAACAAUCAGGGUCGGACAGUAAAACGUAAACAAGAAUUGCAUAGACAGUGCGAAGCGAAUCGUGCUUACGCUCACUUUAGGUGGACCAAGUAAAAGAUAAAGAUUGUUUAUUAAAAAAUCUCGUAUUUAAUACAAAAUCAUUUUCAAUCUCUGUACUUGUCCGAGUACGUAAUUCCCUAAAUAAAUAGCAGCUAUAAAGAA